AUGUCUCGCGCUCUCAACGACGAUGAAGUACUCAGCGAGAUGAACAAGAUGGUGGCGUUCAUCAAGCAGGAGGCAUUGGAGAAGGCUCGCGAGAUUAAGGUCAAAGCAGAUGAGGAAUUCGCUAUCGAGAAAGCUAAAUUGGUAAGGCAAGAACAACAAGCCAUCGACGCACAGUACGAAAAGAAGCGAAAAGGCGCAGAGGUGGCUCAGAAGAUCGCCCAAUCAACGAUAACCAACAAAUCGCGACUAAAGCUCCUACACAAACGCGAGGAAAUUCUGCAACAAAUCUUUGCCGCUGUUCGCGAGCCAGAAACUCCACUUUACAAGACGCAAGGAUACGUGCAAUUCCUGGAAGGCGUGCUGACCGAAUCGUUCCUGUACAUCCUGGAACCUAAUGUGACGAUCUAUUCUCGGGAAUCGGAUGUGGACACCGUCAAACAGGCCGCUGAGAACGCGGCAAAAGCUUACAAGGAGAUCAGCGGGAGAAACAUCGCGUAUGAGGUGGAAGGUUCAAUUGCAGAUGAUUCGAGCCAAGGCGGAGUGAAGCUAGUGAGCGGGACAGGUCGAAUCACGCUAGACAAUACGAUGGAGGAACGCCUGCGUCUUCUGGAAGAUAAGAUGCUACCUGAAAUCAGGACCAGUCUUUUCGGAAAGAAUGAAAACAGGAAAUUUUAUACAUAG